CUCGUCCAUUUUAGCGCGCAAAAAUUUGUUUGACAAACAUGGCGGCCAGAAAGAGUCUAUGAAUUUUGCCGGUCUUGAAAGCGGGAAGAAAGGAAUCAGGAUCCUGUUUUAUACAUCAGAUUGAGUCUGCUGCCCCAGUUGGAACUUGUUGGAAGUAUUUCUCAUCAUGGCGGCAAACUGUCGCCAACGGUACGUCUUCCAACUGUCCGGCUUCUCUGGACAGGAAAAGGACGAUCUGACUUCUAAGAUACAGAAACUCAAAGGAAUCUGUCUUCAGGAACAGCCCUACAAGCCCAGUUGUACCCACAUCAUCUCCAGUAAACCCUGCAGGAGUGAGAAGUACCUGGCUGCUUGUGCUGCAGGAAAGUGGAUCGUGACGAGGAAGUUUGUUGACGACAGCACCGCGGCAGGGCGGUGGUUAGACGAGAGUUCUUACGAGUACGGGCACAAGUCCAUGCUCCAAAAGACCUACUCUGUGACCCUACAACAGGCACCUCGGCGCUGGAGACAGAGAGUCGCUAAGGAGAAAGUCGGGGCGUUCGCCGGAUGGCGUUCCAUCGUAGUUGUGGACGACCAGAAACGUAGAGCAGCGUACAAAAGACUGUUGUUAGCAGGAGGUGCGACCGUACUGAAGGCUAAAACAGUAGCCCACAGCCAGGCUGUCUACGCCCCACAACUCACACACGUCUUCCUGGAGAAGAAGUAUGACUCUUCCUUCCGCCUGCUGAGACGUCGAGGUGUCCUGUGUCUGUCUCCUGACUACAUCGCUGAGUUUCUUCUACGGAACCCUCCUGCGGAGCCAGCUAAGUUUGACGUUGGAGUGUACGCCCCCUCGUCACAACGUGUUUCAGCUUCUGAUGAGAGCACUCAAUCCCCCGGUGUAGCCACCAGGAAUCAGGCACCCAGUGUGACAAGUAAAGGAAAGGCGACUACCAGGGAUACAGGUUCAGCAACCAAACCCUCUACUCCCAAGAAGAGCCCUCCCGUAGUUGAGAUAAUGGGAAAAGUUGACAUCAUGGGAACAGUCAAACUCCCAACCCCAAACAAAGUAAAGACAAGGUCUUCUAACACUCCAGAGAAGGUGAAGAAAUGGUCUUUCCCUACUCCUGAGAAACACAGGUCCUUUUCUACACCAAAGAAAGACAAGAAAGGUUCCUUUUCUACGCCAGACAAGAAGAGAAGGUCUUUCUCUAACCCGGAGAAAAGGAAAGAAGGAUCUCUCCUUCCCAUGCCAGAAAAAGUCAAAGCAUCUAUCCCCACCCCUAAGAAAAUGAGGACAGGGUCUUUCCCUACCCCUGAGAAAGUGCAGAGAGAGUCUAUCCCCUCCCCAGUGAAGAUGACGAAGGGUUCUUUCCCCACCCUGGGGAAGGCAGCCCUCCCCACCCGAGGGAAAAUGCCUGCUCCCUGCCUGCCACAGUUGGAGGGCUUGAAGAAACGCCCCCUACUGGCUGAUAGUGGGAAGGACAGGGACAUGUUGCAACUCCUGGCUUCUAAGAGAAGGAAGCUGGAUGUACCUGGAGCCUGUUUUCAGCCUUGUUUUCCUGUCAACAGCAGCAAAAGCAAGCCAACAAAGGUGUCCCAGCGUGUCCCCCGCCCCCUUGGUCCGUCCGUGUGUGCGUUAGUAGAGGUGGCUCUAGACGACAGUGCCUACCCAGCAGCCCUCAGCCUGCUCCAGUCCACCCUGUCCACAGUCCGCUAUCCACCCACUCACAUCACACACAGGGUCAUGGCUGAGGCUCUUCUGCAAGCUGAGGAUAGUCAGGGAGCGGCCCAGGCCUACCAGAUGCUGAAACAGAUCCAAACCUUACACCCGCCCUCCCGCACACCUGCCAACAGCUACCUGUACCUCAAGGCACUCAGAACACCUGUACUGGAGCAGGUGGAGCGAGUGAAGGGGAGAAAGGGAAGAAAACAACAGCAGCCGGAGGUACAGAAGGAAGGAGUGGAAUGGGACUUUGUCAAGAUGGUUAUAAGAGGUGCUCUAGGUAUGACAGACAACCAGACAUCAGAAGAAACCAGUGAAAGUCCCCUGUACCAGUCUAACUGUGCACUACUACUCAAGUUCCUGGUAUCUGUACUGGAACAGGACUUCAUGGCAUGGUUAGACAGGUAA